AUGGCUCCAGACCGGGGCGAAUUAGAAGGCGUGGAUUAUAACGAACGAAAUCACGAAGUUCACGAAGCCAGCAAUGCGCCGCAUUCCCAGAACAGCUUAAGUGCAUCCAGAGAACGCAGUUUCCUUGCGGAACGAGCUUCUCAGGCUCAAAAUUUCACCCUCCGAGGCGUUCUGUGUGGCUUGGCAAUCGGAGUAGCGAUAUGCUUCAGUAACAUGUAUUUUGGUCUCCAAACAGGCUGGGUCACCGGAAUGGCGAUGCCGUCGGCUUUGAUCGGUUUCGCCUACUUCAAGACAGUGUCCCGUAUGCUCAAACUUCCAUUCACGCCUGUAGAAAAUGUACUCGUCCAAUCUGUCGCUGGGGCUGUGGGAACCAUGCCGCUUGGAUGCGGUUUCGUCGGCGUCGUUCCGGCCCUGAACUUCUUGUUGACCAAAGAAGAAAACGGACCACUCGACAUUAGUCUUUGGAGACUAAUCGUCUGGUCUUUAGGGAUAUGUUUCUUUGGUGUGGUAUUCGCCGUGCCUUUGCGCAAGGAGGUCAUCAUUCGCGAGAAGCUCAAGUUCCCAAGUGGGACUGCUACAGCCCUGAUGAUCCAGGUACUACACGGAGACGAAAAGUCAAGAGUCACAAUGUCUCAACCCCGAGGAGAGGAGGAAUCAAGAGGACACGAACAGAGCCUUUCACAAUCUCCUGAUACAGAAGGCGAGUACGCACUCCGACCGUCCAACGAAGAGCAGGUAGAAGGUCAAGAAAAUGACUCCGACGAGGAUGGUGACUGGAAAGGCAGGAUUCGUCUACUCUUGAUAUCCUUUGCUAGCUCAGCUAUCUAUACGAUAGUAACCUACUUCAUCCCACACCUGCACGACGUCCCGAUAUUUGGGCUUACGUUGGCGAACAACUGGCUCUGGACUUUGAAUCCGUCUCCAGCCUACAUCGGUCAGGGCAUCAUCAUGGGUCCCGCUACAACUCUUCAUAUGCUCCUGGGCGCUAUAGUGGGCUGGGGUAUACUGUCGCCGCUUGCGAAACAGCGAGGCUGGGCACCAGGACCUGUGUCAGAUUGGACCGAUGGCUCUAAGGGAUGGAUUGUAUGGAUCUCGCUCGCAAUCAUGCUGGCAGACUCGUUGGUCAACCUCGGAUGGCUCGCUCUUCGACCUUUGCUCGCCAUUGGCAAGCUAUACUACCCCCCGGCUAAGGAGAUCUACGAUACACACACUUGGAAACAAAUUUUUACCCUCAACAUCACUCGUCAGCCUGCGUACACUCAGCUCAGCGACGGCACUUCCGCAAAUCCUAUCGCUGCCAUGAAGCAGUAUCUUUCCGAAGAUAGCGAGCCGGACGCACCGCCUGAACACCAGAUAUCAAAUCGUACAACGACUAUUGGACUCAUCCUCUCGCUCGUUGCGUGCAUAGCCGGCGUACAUAUUUCCUUUCCCAACCUCAUCCCUUUUGGCCUUACUCUCCUCGCACUUGUUCUAGCGCUCUUCCUUUCCAUCAUGGGCGUUCGUGCAUUGGGCGAAACGGAUCUCAAUCCCGUAUCGGGCAUCUCCAAGCUCACGCAACUUAUCUUCGCUCUUGUCACGCCCACCACAGGGCCGAACGCUAAGAACUCCGUUAUCAUCAACUUGCUUGCAGGUGCCGUCUCCGAAUCGGCAGCCCUACAGGCUGGCGAUCUUUUGCAAGAUCUCAAAUGCGGGCAUCUACUAGGCGCGGCGCCGAAUGCACAAUUCUGGGGCCAGAUGAUUGGUAGCGCCGUCGGUGCGGUCAUAUCUGCGCUGGUGUACAAGCUGUACACGCACGUAUACGCGGGCAUGAUCCCAGGUGGUUUGUUUGAAGUUCCAACAGCUUAUGUAUGGGUCUUCACUGCGAGACUGGUGACAGGCAAAGGUCUACCACCCAUGGUCCGCGAAUGGGCGGCUGGUGCUGGAGCAAUAUUCGCCAUAGGCACGAUGCUGAGGGUGUACGGGCAGUUUAGGAAGAGGCAGGGACUGAGCGCGAAGUGGUUUGACUUUGUUCCAGGUGGUAUCGCAUUCGCUAUUGGCAUGUACAACACGCCCUCUUUUACACUGGCACGUACUAUUGGUGGCUUGAUCAGCUUAUGGUGGAGGCGUUGGAAGGGCCGAAGCGAGACGCAGAUCGUUGUGCUCGCUAGUGGGUUGAUAUUAGGCGAGGGGCUGUUCAGCAUUGUGAAUCUGGCUUUGGCUAGCUUGAAGGUGCCGCAUUUGUAG